CGAGAAGACGGAGGACGAUGAACGGAUUCGCCGAUUGCAAUCCCAAUCACUAGCCACGCGAAGGUUCAGCCAGAGCGAAGACUCUUGCGAUGUGAAUGCAGAGCGGGAGGAUAGUAGAGGUGACGAAGCCCAGGCGAGGGGCGAUGAAGAAGACGAUGAGAAUGAAGGAGAAUGUGGUGGUGGGCAGGACCACAUGGAUUGCGAAAAGGCAGCGGCAAGCGGCGGGGUGCUCGGUGGUAAUGUGGGUGGUUUCAGAGAUGGAAGACCAAGAGAUGGAAGAUGAGGAAAUGGAAGACGAGGAAAUGAAAGACGAAGGACAGGAUGCUCGGCUCGCCUUGGAUGCAGCUGCUGGUACGCCUGGUGAAGCCGGUGUGGAAUCCAAAUCCAAAGCUCGGGUUCGCAAAACGUCGCAACCCAGGAAGCCUGUGCGGCCGUCGAGGCACCCGAAAUCGGAUGACUCGAGCGACGAUGCUAAAGGGGUGGCCCCUCGUUUGCUCUCCAUCCUUGACGACGACGAACCGGAGACGAAGAAACCCAAAGCGAUUCUUCCAAUUCCGGUGGGAGAGAUCACCUUCAACCAGCGAGCGCUGAACCCGGCCAUCGUCGCAGGCAUCGAAGCGGCAAUCGAAGCAUCAACUCGCCCACAGUCCGUGGAUGAUCCGGCUCCGUGGGAUCCACCGGAGUUGGUGCUGGCUCCGAUUAAUCCAUCAAAGGACGCGGACGAACAAGGAACCCGCGUCCUUCCAGAGGAUUUCGACCCCGAACGGGCAGAUGAGUUUUUCUAUUACCCGGUUGCCGGUCAACAUUCUUCCGAAGCUAUGAAAAGAGCGGUGGUGAAGAACUCUGCAGCGGUGGAGGUGUUCGGCUUUCGGAAUUAUGAUCGUGUACGGAUCAUUUAUUUUGACGAUGACCAUACGAACGGGUACCAUUAUGUUUCCACAUAUGACAACACGCGAGGUGACCGUGCUAUGUUGCCAUCGUUCCACCAAGCCAGCGUGGACAUCAGAGGAUUUUGGGACAGCAAGAAACGGAUCGGGCCUGUGGGGAACGUGUCCAAAGGGGAUCCCAAAGGCUUGGAACACCAGAAAACAUGGAGGAAAUUUUUGAGGUCGUGCAUGGGGAAGUCGUGUGAGAAAGCAUUGUGGACCGAGUGUAUCUCUGGGAAGUGGCAGCAGGAUUGGACGAACAGAAUGAGGGGGUACAUGAAUGUCGCCACAUGCAAGGACCCGGUAUGGACACUGGUUAAGGAGUUUUUUUAGAAGUAUGAGGCGGGGGAGUUGCCRCUGCACGACAACAAAUGCCCAAAGGACUU